GAAGAUUUAGUGAGCAACACACGUUGCACAGUUCCUCUCUGCGAGCCUUCUUCUGAAAUGAAAACGAGUGGGAACUGGGCGACUGAGCGCAGGAUGAAGAAUGAACCAGUAGGAGGAUAUUGUUCCCUGAAUCGGCGUGGGGUGAUUUUUUUGUUUCACCUGGAAGAGAAGCACACGCUGAGUCUUCAGAAGCUGCAUGAGUGAAGCAGCCCAGGCAGAAUGAGGACAGUGGGUUUGUGGUGUGGUGUGAAUGGGACAGGAUAGUUGGACUCGUAUGAACAAUUCAGGGAUGAACAUCAACCCAGCGAUGCCACCUCAGUCUCCAGGGCUGAGUGGCAGCCCUGUGUCACCCAAGAAGACCAGCGCUCAGUCUGUGGGAUCUUUGUCAUCAGGAAUGUUCUCCCCGCUGUUGUCAAAGGUCUCCUCCCAUCAGCUGAAACAGGCCUCAAGCCCCCUGAGCUCGUCCACCCCAUCUAUUAUGACCUCUCCAAAACUCUGGCACAAAGCAUCAAUAUCAAGGCUCGCAGAGGAGUUCUUCUGGAUUGGCGGCAGUGUGGUGGCACAGCCUAAGUGGAGGUUGGGUCAGAUAGUGGAGCGGUGUAUGUGCACCAUGCAGACCGGCACUCAGAUGACCAAACUGAAAGGAAAGAAGAAAGGACUGGUCCGGUUCUUUUACCUCGACGAGCACAAGUCCUGCAUCCGAUGGCGGCCUUCCAAGAAACACGACAAGGCCAAAAUAUCCAUUGAUUCAAUCCAUGAAGUCUGUGAGGGGAAGAAAUCAGAGAUCUUCAGGAGGUACGCAGACAACCGCUUUGACCCAAACUGCUGCUUCAGUGUAUAUUACGGGGAGCGCGUGAAGUCCCUGGACCUGGUCUCCACCAACGCCGAGGAGGCUCGCACCUGGGUCACUGGGCUCAAGUACCUCCUGGCCGGUAUCAGCGAUGAAGACAGUUUGGCCCGAAGGCAACGGACUCGAGAUCAGUGGCUACAGCAGACUUUCUCUGAGGCCGACAAAAAUGGCGACGGGACCUUGAGCAUUGGAGAGGUUCACCAGCUGCUCCACAAGCUCAAUGUAAAUUUACCCAAGCAGAAAGUACGACAAAUGUUCCAAGAGGCAGACACAGACGAGAAUCAGGGAUCUCUGGCCUUCGAGGAAUUCUGUUCGUUCUACAAGUUGAUUUCCACACGCAGAGACCUGUACCUGAUAAUGAUUUCCUACAGCAACCAGAAAGAAGUCUUGGAUCUCCAUGACCUUGCACACUUUCUGGAAAAUGAACAGAAGAUGCGCGGCCUGGCCAAAGAAUAUCUGGUUGACAUAGUGGCAAAGUUUGAGCCGUGUCCUGAGAACCUGCAGCGAAUGGUACUGGGUAUCGAUGGUUUCACCAACUACAUGCGGAGUCCUGCAGGUGACAUCUUCAACCCCGAGCACCAUCAGGUGAACCAGGACAUGACACAGCCUCUGUGUAACUACUUCAUCGCCACAUCGCACAACACCUACCUGACAGGAGACCAGCUGCUGUCCCAGUCCAGAGUGGAAAUGUACGCCUAUGUCCUCCAGGCUGGCUGUCGCUGUGUGGAGGUGGACUGCUGGGAUGGACCAGAUGGUGAGCCCAUUAUCCACCACGGUUACACCUUGACAUCCAAGAUUCUAUUCAAAGAUGUGAUUGAAACCAUCAACAAAUAUGCCUUCACAAAAUCACAGUACCCGGUAAUCCUGUCCAUAGAGAACCACUGCAGUGUUCCUCAGCAGAAGAAGAUGGCGGAGUGUCUGAAAGAGGUGCUGCAGGACAAACUGGACCUGUCCACCGUCAAUGUGCAUGAUACCAAGAAGCUGCCCUCCCCUGAGACACUGAAAGGAAAAGUCUUGGUCAAAGGAAAGAAGUUGCCUGCAAACCUGGACUCUGAUGCAGAGGAAGGUGAUGUGUCUGAUGAAGACACUGGUGAUGAGGAGGAAGACGAAGACAGUGACCAUGAUGAUGAUGAAAACCCUCAGGAUGGGAGCAGUGUAACUUCUGCCAGUCAGCCCAAAAAGAAGAGGCGGUUUGGCAGAUCGAUCAUGAGGAGCUUCAAACGGAAGAGGAAAAAGCGAUUUCGAGUGAAAAACAAGUCAAUGUCGGACGGAGAGUCAGACUACAGCAGCAGCAGGGAAAGGACCCAGAUUGUUUACCAUACCAAGAAGAGGAAAACAAUGAGGCUGUCUCGAGCUCUGUCUGACCUGGUCAAAUACACCAAAUCCAUCCGCGUGCAUGACAUAGAAACACAAGCGCACGUGAACAGCUGGCAGGUAUCCUCCCUAAAUGAGACUGUUAUGAACCAGAUCUUACAGCUGAAGCCCAGCGAGUUGGUGCGUUUCAACCAGCGCCAGCUUUUAAGAGUCUAUCCGUCCAACUACAGAGUGGAUUCAAGCAACUUCAACCCACAGCCGUACUGGGAUGCAGGGUGUCACAUGGUUGCAAUGAACUAUCAAACGGAGGGACGGAUGCUUGAACUGAACCAAGCCAAGUUCUCAAGAAAUGGAAACUGUGGCUAUAUCCUGAAGCCUAAGUGCAUGUGUAAAGGUGCCUUUAACCCCAUGUUGGAAGAUCCUCUACCUGGACACAGAAAAACUCAAUUAGUGCUGAAGAUAAUCAGCGGUCAGCAGCUUCCCAAACCUAAAGACUCCAUGUUUGGGGAUAGAGGAGAGAUUAUUGAUCCCUUUGUGGAAGUUGAAAUCAUUGGCCUACCUGUCGACUGCUCCAAGCAGCAGACCAGGGUGGUAGACGAUAACGGUUUCAACCCAAUGUGGGAAGAGACACUCGUCUUCAACAUUCAAAUGCCACAGGUUGCUCUGGUGCGUUUCCAGGUGUGGGAUCAAGAUCCCAUCGGACGGGAUUUCAUUGGACAGAGGACUGUAGCUUUCACCAGCAUGAUGCCAGGUUAUCGGCAUGUGUACCUGGAUGGGAUGGCGGAAUCUUCCAUCUUUGUUCAUGUUGCUAUCAAUGAUGCAACAGGCAAGAUGAAACCCUCAAAUGCGGUGCAAGCUGCCAGAAAACACAUUCAAAAAGCAGCUCAGAAACACAUGAAGGGUCCUCAAAAACAAACGUCUCUGGACUCUUCCGUCCAGUCCUCGGAAGACGGACGUGCCGUCUAUUUCCGUAGGGAUCUGGACACCAUCUCUCAGGACAGCAGGAACGGUGAAAUGUCUCCUCUAGCACUGGGGCCGGCAGCCAAGGCUGCCAUCCACAAAGGCGCCAUGAGUGAGCCAGUGAGGCGCGCUCACAGAGUUAAAAUCCUUGAACCACCACAGACAAGGAGAGGCAUCUUCAGCCGGAUGUCCUCCACUGACUCACACCACACGGGGCCCGCUCCCUAUGUGAUAGAAGAAAGCUUUGACCUUGAGACCUCUUCCCAGGCCUCUUUUCCUGAUGGCCCCACUCCCGACAGCCAAAAUCAAAUUCAAGAAGAACUGGAGGAUAAAGUUGAACUUAAUGAACUGCCAGAGUCAAACUGUGCCGAGCAGGAGACUCUUCAGACAUUCGAACCAGAGCAGCCUAAACAAUCAGUCGAAUUACCAGUAGCAGCAGAGCCAGUGACUGCUAUCGACUCCAAGCGACAAACUGAGAUUGAUUCAACCCCUCAGCCUCUGCCUGUGCCACAACCUCUUCCUCAGCGAACGCUCCUCCUUGAAGCCAAAGCUCCCCCACUCAUCGCUCCAUCAUCUCCCGUCCGGGUCAGACGGACGUUGGAGGCCCCAGUCACCCCUCAACCCUCCACCCUGACUCGAACAAAGGCCCGCUCAAGCAGUUGCCCUCGAAAAAAGACCAACUCCCCUCAGACACCGAUGGUGAACCGCAAACCUGGUUUCCUCUGGCAGACACACCAAACACAAAACUACGGCAGCUACAGUAGCCAGAUGAGACACCUACAGAAUGGCCUCUGUCAAUCGGACAGCACGUCCAGCAGCAGCAGCGGCGGCGGCGGCGGCGGCGGCAGCACAGACAGCCUUGAGUUUGUGCCCUCCUCUGUGCCGGCUGGUGCCGAGCAGAGUGACGGCACCCUGCAGAGGGAGAUGAAGGCUCUUUUUGACCAGAAGAUCAGAGAAAUCCGCUGUAAAUCACCACUUUUUCUAGAUGAUUAAACUACAGUUUCAUCUUCAGAGGAAGACAAACUACACAGCACUACGGACUCUGUCAAAGAAAGAGUCACAAAAGGAUUUUCUUUCGCGAUACACACGUAGACAUGAAGCAGAAAUUCACAGUUAGACCAUGUUUAUUUGUUGUCUUAGGCCUGCUGUAAUGUUUAUAAUCCAUAUUUGUAUUCAUGGGACAAAAAUCAUUUUUCAUUCAUUCAUUAUCUACCGCCUAACCUUCCACAUGGGUCGUGGAGUAGCUGGAGCCAAUCCCGGUGACAUGGGGCGAAAAGGCGGGGUAAACCCUGGACAGGUCGCCAGUCCAUCGCAGGGUCGGAAU